UGGAACCGGCUGUGGGGGCGAGGGCAGGCCGCAGGGGAGAGCGCUGUAACGGUCGUAGUUUUCCAUCAAGGAGGGUGGCAGUGGGUUUGGGGGACCCGCCCCCUUCCCCCGAAAUCAGCCGCUUAAGGCCUGCGAACUGGACGCGUCGCGCUUCUCAGCCUCUCGGGCCUACGCCGUCCCAGAACCUACCUGGUUACAAAUCUGUAAUUCACACGAUGGGCUCCCAUUAUCAGAAGACUCUUUUUUAACUUGGCGAGUGUAUGUUAUGUGAAGCCGGAAAAUCAAGAAGGGGUGUGUAUCGUGUUCCGUGUUUCCGUUGGCCUGUUCACGAGCCAGUUUUUCCAGUAAGGUGAAGAAAAUUAUAAAGGAUAUGUCACAGAAUCAACAAGAACUAGAUUCCGAUAUUACUACAGAUGGGGAUGUUGUUAUAGAUAAUGAGGAAGAACUUAUUAAACAAUGUGAAGAAAUAUGGAAAGACAUGGAAGAAUGUCAGAAUAAAUUAUCACUUACUGGAACUGAGACACUCACUAACUCAAAUGCUCAGCUUUCAUUACUUAUUAUGCAAAUGAAAUGUUUGACUGCUGAACUUGGUCAGUGGAAUAAAAGAACACCUGAACUAACACACCUGACUGAAGAUGCUUUGGUAACAUUAGGAAAAGAAGAGUUCCAAAAAUUGAGAUGUGAUCUUGAAAUGGUACUAUCUACUAUUCAAUCAAAGAAUGAAAAGUUAAAGGAAGACUUAGAAAGGGAGCAACAGUGGUUGGAUGAACAACAGCAAAUACUGGAAACUCUGAAUGUAUUAUACAGUGAUUUAAAAAAUCAGGUUGUGACAUUUUCUGAAUCAAGAAUAUUUAAUGAGUUAAAAGCUAAGAUGCUUAGUAUAAAAGAAUUUAAGGAGAAGCUCUUGGUUACCUUGGGUGAGUUUUUAGAAGAUCAUUUUCCUCUGCCUGAUGGAAAUACUAAAAAGAAAAGGAAAAACAUUCAGGAAUCAAAUGCACAGCUGAUAACACUGAAUGAAAUGUUAGAGGCUUGGUGGUGCACGCCUUUGAUCCCAGCACUCGGCAGGCUGAGGCAGGUGGAUCUCUAUAACUUUGAAGCCAACCUGGUCUACAAAGUGAGUUCCAGGGCAGCUAGGGCUGUUACACAGAGAAACCCUGUCUCAAAAAAACAAACAAACAAAAAUCAAUAAAAGGAUAUCUGAUUCUUCAACAUAGUUUCUUAUUUAUUCAUUUGCUACCUGCACCCUAACACCAUGUGCUAUUAUACUGAUAGAAUUUUAGUUUACAGCUCAGUUCUACACCUAAAACAUAUAAAUGAA